GGCACGGCACACUCAGCGACAGUAUGGCGGCGGGCUGCUGCUGGAGGGAUGCUGCUGUCGCCGCUGCCUUCACAAUGUGAUCGGAAUAUCGUCUGUUCCGCGGAAAGACUACAGUCACCCCCGAGGCCUGUCUCCGUGAUCUCGAUAAGAUGACCAGGCUCGCCGAUUACUUCGUGGUAGUUGGCUACGAUCUCGAUAAGAGAGGAGGUAGUGAGGGUCAAGGCCUGAUUCUCCAGCGUUUCCCAGAGAAGGACUGGGAAGAUAACCCCUUCCCUCAAGGCCUUGAGCUGUUCUGUCAGCCCAGUGGAUGGCAGCUGGAUCCCGAGAGAAAGCCUCCGUCUUUCUUUGUGUCGGUUCUCACAGACAUCAACUCUGAGCGGCAUUACUGCGCCUGCUUCACUUUCUGGGAGUCCGUGGAGAACCCGCAGCUACAGAAAGGAGAGGCCAGUGAGGCUGAUGAAGAUGAGAGUCCAGACGUGCUCCAACCCGCUCAACUGUACGCUCCUAAAAGCCUGGUCCUCGUGUCCCGCUUGGACCACACAGAGGUCUUUAGGAACUGCUUGAGUCUCAUCUAUACCGUUCAUGUGGAUGGCCUCACUGUUCCUAUGGAAACGGUGAUUGGAAACCUUCUCACCUGCAUCAUUCCUUUAGCUGGAGGCUCUCAGAUAAAUGACCCCCCUCUUUGUAGUUUAACUGACUGGCUGCUGGGUUGUUUCCAGCCGGGCCAGGACGACAGAGAGGAGAGCUCGAGGACCAUAACGCUCGGCGCGGGUGACAGGCAGGUUAUCCAGACGCCCAUAAACGACUCCCUGCCUGUGAGCGGCUGCAGCGUGGCCCAGCUUUUCAGACAGCUUGGAAUCGUAAAUGUUCUCUGUCUGUUUUGCGCUGCUCUGACGGAGCACAAGAUCCUGUUCCUCUCCAGCAGUUACCAGCGUCUAACGGACGCCUGCAGAGCUCUGCUGGCCAUCAUGUUCCCACUCAAGUACAGUUUUACAUAUGUUCCCAUCUUACCGGGAAAGCUGCUGGAGGUGCUCAGCACUCCGACGCCCUUCAUCAUAGGAGUCAACUCACACUUCCGCUCGGAGACCCAGGAGCUGCUCGACGUAAUCAUUGCAGACCUGGACGGAGGGACGGUCACCAUUCCGGAGUGUGUCCACAUAUCCCUGCUGCCCGAGCCGCUUCUUCAUCACACACAGACCGCCAUCUCCAUGGUUCUUGAUCCAGAGCUGGAAGUGGCUGAUCAUGCGUUUCCUCCACCUUCCGUUCAACCAUCCACACUUAAAAUUCAGGACAAGGAGAUCCGCGCUGUCUUCCUAUGGCUCUUCGCGCAUCUGCUUCAGGGCUAUCGAUGGUGUCUGCAUAUAAUUCGAAUCCACCCUGAGCCCGCCAUAUGCUUCCAUAAGGCUGCAUUUUUGGGGCAGAGAGCACUAGCUGAGGAUGACUUCCUGAUGAAGGUGCUGGACGGCAUGGCAUUUGCUGGGUUCGUAUCUGAGCGGGGUCCUCCAUACCGAGCCACAGACCUGUUUGAUGAUCUCAUAGCCAAUCAGGUGGAGCGCAUUCAAAAGGAGACAGGAGAUCCUCAUAAAGUGAUGAAGCAUAUUAAGGAGCUGGCAGAUCACCUUUUCAAAAAUGAAAACCCAUACCCAGCAGUAAGCAUGCACCGAGUUCAGAGAACAGUUGAAAACGCACAGCCCCGGCUCCCACAGACCUCUUUCCCGCACCUGGACGAGGUCUCCGUGCAGCUCUUUAUAGACCACGCAACAGCAAAACUCAAAACCGCCCCGCCUGUGGUCAAGGCCGAACUGAAGAGCAUGGUCCCAUCCGGACCUCCACUGGCUGACAUAGUGGACAGAAACGGGAAUGUUCUGGCCAACAGCGCCAGGAGGUUAGAGGUGGUCAGGAACUGCAUCACAUAUAUAUUUGACAACAAGAUGCUGGAAUCCAAGAAGUUAAUGCCGGCAGUGUUACGGGCUCUGAAAGGUCGGGCGGCGCGGGUCUGUCUGACCCAGGAGCUCAACCUGCAUGUGCUGCAGAACAGGGCCGUUCUAGACCACCAACAGUUUGACUACAUCGUCCGCAUGAUGAACUGCACCCUGCAGGACUGCUCACAUAUGGAUGAACAUGGUAUUGCUUCUGCACUGCUGCCAUUGGUCACCGCCUACUGUCGGAAACUGGGUGGAGGCAUCACUCAGUUCGCUUACAGCUGCGUUCAGGAGCACAUGGUGUGGACAAACAUGCAGUUCUGGGAGGCCAUGUUUUACAGUGAUGUUCAGAAACACAUCCGGGCCCUGUACCUGGAGAACGAUGAGGAGGGAGACACGUCCAGCCCUGACGGGGAGGGCGUUGGUGGUCAGAAGCGGUUGAGCGCCCUGGAGUUGGCGUCCGAGCAGAGCCGUCUGUGGCCCACGCUGAGCAAAGAGCAGCAGCAGGAGCGCGUUCAGAAGGAAGAGAGCACGGUUUUCAGUCAGGCCAUUCACUAUGCCAACCGCAUGAGUUACCUGCUGCUGCCGCUCGACACCAGCAAGAACCGCCUGCUCCGUAACACCGGCCUGGGAGACGUGGAGAGCGUCAGCAACAGCUACGUCACUAACAGUAUUGCGGGCAGCAUGGCAGAAAGCUACGACACAGAGAGCGGCUUUGAAGAUGCUGAGAUCUCGGAUGUUGCGAACUCUGUCAUUCGGUUCAUCAACCGUUUUGUUGACAAAGUGUGCAACGAGAGCGGCGUGACCAAUGAACACCUGAAGGCCCUUCACAUAAUGAUACCAGACAUCGUUCAGAUGCACAUUGAGACAUUGGACGCGGUUCACAGGGAGAGCAAGCGACUGCCGCCCAUCCAAAAGCCCAAGCUUUUGAGACCAACGCUGCUCCCCGGUGAGGAGUUUGUGAUGGACGGCAUGCGGGUGCACCUUAUAGCAGACGGCCGAGAGGAAGCCACGGGCGCGAUGGGCGGUCCGCCUCUGUUACCUGCCGAGGGAGCCAUCUUCCUCACUACCUACCGCCUCAUCUUCAAGGGCACGCCCACCGACCCUCUCGUUGGAGAGCAAGUGGUCACCCGCUCCUUCCCCAUCGCUUCCCUCACGAAAGAGAAGCGGAUCUCUGUUAAUCUUCCCAUGGAUCAGUUCUUCCAGGAGGUUCUCCAGCUGCGUUCCUGCACCUUUCAGCUGAUGAAGAUCGGCUUUGAUGAGGAGGUGGCAUCAGAUCUCGCAGAAGUGUUCAGGAAGCACAUGCAUAAGCUCAGAUACCCACAGCACGUCCAGGGCACGUUUGCCUUCACCGUGGGUCAGUCUGCAAAGCUGGUGGUGGAGCACAAGACCAAGGACAAGAACCAGUCGCUAAAAACGCUGUCUAAAAACCUGGUUAAAACUGCGAAGAGGACCAUUGGGCGUCAAUAUGUAACCCGAAAGAAGUAUUCUCCCCCGACCUGGGAAAACCGCAGCAGUUUGCAGUCAGAGAUGGAUGAGGAUGAGAUCUCUGUGUCUGAAGAACCGGACCAGAGUUCGCUGACGCUCUCCUCCACCAUCCGCUCGUCAGACCGGCAGACCAUGAGUAAUGUGGUCGAGCGGGCCUGCUGUCGGGACUACAAGCGGCUGGGACUGGGAACGCUCAGCAACAGCCUGACACGCUCUAAAAACGAACCCUUCCGGAUCUCCACCGUCAACCGGAUGUACACAGUCUGCCGAAGUUAUCCAGGGUUACUGAUCGUGCCUCAGAGCAUCCCCGAUUCCACCAUCCAGCGCAUCUGCCGCUGCUACCGGCACAACCGCUUCCCUGUGGUGUGCUGGAGGAACUCCCGCACCAAAGCUGUGCUGCUGCGCUCGGCCGGCCUGCAUGCUAAAGGCGUCGUGGGAUUCUUCAAAUCACCCAAUGCACCCACUGCAGGCCCGUCCCAGGCCGACUCCACCAGUCUGGAGCAAGAGAAGUAUCUGCAGGCCAUCAUCAGCUCCAUGCCCUCAUAUAGCGAAGCCAGUGGGAGGAACACACUCAGCGGCUUCACCUCCUCACACAUGAGCAACUCAGAUUCAUCAGACAAGCUGAGGCAGCCUAAAAUAGGAGCUUUAAUGAAACAAGUCAUGGGGACUAAAGAGGACGCACCAGGAACCUUCAGUCGAGGAGCGCUGGGUCAGAGGGCAAGGGUCAUCUCCCUCUCUCAGCCUAGAGUUUCAGUCAAGGCCCGCAACUCACCUAGAGGAAAGUGGGGCAGUAUUCGUGGUAGUGGGCGGCUCAGCACAUAUAACCCUGAUGUGGGGAACAGGCUGGCUGGGAAAGAAUCCCCCCAGGCUAAUGGAGGCCCAACCGAGACCUAUUUCCUUCGCCAACAGAGAGCGUACCUCUACAUCAUUGGAGACAAGUCCCAGCUCAAGGGUGGAAAGCAGGACUCCUUCCAGCAGUGGGAGGUGGUGCCCAUCGAGGUCUUUGAUGUACGGCAGGUCAAGAACAGUUUCAAGAAGCUGAUGAAAGCCUGUGUGCCUUCCUCAUCCAACACUGAACCAAACAUGACCUUUCACCGCUGCCUGGAGGAGUCGGAGUGGAUGAAUCUGCUUCACAGGGUUCUACAGGUGUCCGUUCUUGUUGUGGAACUCCUGGACACUGGUUCCUCCGUCAUGGUUAGUUUGGAAGAUGGCUGGGAUGUCACAACACAGGUUGUGUCCCUGGUGCAACUUCUGUCGGAUCCAUACUACCGAACGAUUGAUGGCUUCAGGCUGCUUGUGGAGAAAGAGUGGUUGUCAUUCGGUCAUCGAUUCAGCCACCGUGGAGCUCAGACGCUAGCCAGCCAGAGCAGCGGAUUUACACCUGUCUUCCUACAGUUCCUUGACUGUGUGCACCAGAUCCAUCUACAGUUCCCCAUGGAGUUUGAGUUCAGUCAGUACUAUCUGAAAUUCCUAGCCUACCACUACGUCUCCAACCGCUUCCGCACCUUCCUGCUGGAUUCAGACUAUGAGCGCAUAGAGCUUGGUGUCUUGUAUGAGGAAAAAGGUGAGAGGAAGAACCCUCAGGUGUGCAAGUCUGUCUGGGAUUACAUUGAUCGGCUCAGCAAGAAGACCCCCAUAUUCUACAACUACAUGUUUUCACCUGAGGAUGAGGAGGUCUUGAAGCCCUACAGUUUUAUCUCCAACUUGAAGGUUUGGGACUUUUACACAGAGGAAACACUUUCUGAGGGUCCGUCCUUUGACUGGGAAUUAGUGCGGGGUCAGCCGGAAAAGCCACAGGACGAAGCCGGUGAUAGACAGGAGACGACGGCCCCCAAGUCCCAGCGGAGGAUCGUCUGGCCUUGUUAUGACAGCCUCAGUAAAGUACUGCCUGAUGCCAUCACCAAACUCUUGCAGGAUGUGCAGAACCUGGAAACUGAGUUGGGACAACCUACGGAAAAAUGGAAGGACACAUGGGACAAGAUUAAGACAGCCCAACGAGUUGAGUCCAGACUAGAGAGCAGGCACUCCUUCUCCAGCUCUCUGCUCAUGUCGUCCAAUCUGAGUCACCAGCGGCGCUCUCAGGGUGUGUAUCUGCAGGAGAGCGGGGUCGGCUCCUCCAUCAACCUAGCACUGGACUGCGAGGUCAGCGCCACAUCCACACCUGCAGCUGGUCGACCCAGUACCAGCACGCUCUACAGCCAGUUCCAGAGCACUGAGAGCGAGAACAGGAGCUUUGAGGGUAUUUUAUACAAAAGAGGUGCUUUGCUGAAACCUUGGAAACCACGUUGGUUUGUACUGGAUAAGACCAAACACCAGUUGCGAUACUAUGAAACAAGGCAAGAUAAAGAGUGUAAGGGAGUGAUCGAGCUAGCCGAAGUGGAAUCUGUCAUUCCGGGGACUCCCACCAUGGGAGCACCUAAAAACAUAGACGACAAAGCCUUCUUUGAUCUCAAGACGACCAAAAGAGUGUACAACUUCUGUGCCCAGGACAGCACGAAUGCACAGUUAUGGAUGGACAGUAUUCAGAGUUGCCUAUCUGAUGCGUAGGAGGAGGGACAUUGCAGAGGACAGAACUGUGACACUUUGUGGGGGGCGAAGCCAGUGACGGACAGUGCUCAUAGCCAAUGGGCAGCACUUCCUGGGGUGUACAGAGAGAAGUUGGAACGGGCUUCCGUAUUGGUGGUAUUGAAAUUUACGAUGACGAUUUCAGCGUUUUUGUUUUAAAAAAACAUGAAAAGCUACGAAAAAACAAAGAAAUCCCUUAAAGACUGAUAUCUGUGGACUCACCUGUGCUCGGCUUGUUUUAAACACGCCCAUACGCCCUGGCACGAAAAGGCAUGACCUGCGAUUCUUCAUCCCAUAUUGCUCAAAAUACUGCCAGUGGCACCUUUCAGCUAUGCAGGGGCCUAAAAAUGCCCAAUAACUAGCCACAGCUCGCAAAAGAGUGACCCUAAUGUGACCUUUAACCUCUUCUGAACUGUCACUAUGCCACUGCUUGGAGUCGUCCAACAACUCACACAUCACAGUCAUCUGGACUCGCACAUCAUAAAUUCUGCCUUCUCAUUGGCUGGUCAAGUUCUCUCGCUCCUUUCUGAUUGGUUGGCUUCAUCCGUGCAACGGUUCAUGAAGGAUUUUGUGUUUUCUUUUACAUUAUUUACAUCAAAAUAAUAUAAAAACGUUCAUUCUUGUCACAUUUGACCAAGUUCAAACAGUUAUCAAAAUGCCAUCUGGAGAUUGAGAUUUAACUGUUUACAAACUAAAUUCUUGGUUUCUUAUUAUGAAAAUUAAAGCCACUAUUGCUAUUGAGAAUUUAAGGGAUGUUGAAGGAAAAGGAGAGAUGUGUUUUGUCAUAAUUUAUGCACAGAAAUACAAUUCUUUGAUUUUUACAGGACGAAAAGCGCCGACUAAAAUGGGGGAAAACUAUGUGUGGAUGGGGUUUAUAACCUUUUCGUGUUAUCAAGUGUCUGUUUACACCAAUCAGAGGCCAGAGACUGGAGCUGGUCGCCAUGACAACUGGGUUCGUCAUCAUUUCCUAUAACAAAAAUAUGCGAACUGAAAAACUGAAUCAGCCUGUCCUGAAAUCAAAGGCCGGUUGUCAUGCGCUUCUGUUCUCCAGCCUCUGAGCCCUGGAUCUGUCAGAAUCAGUGUUUUAGUUAGUCUGUUACCUGUUCUGUUGAAUCCUGUACAUAGAGGAGUUUGUUUAUAUUAUUCCUUUAGAGAAAGAGUCUAUUUUGCUGGACUUGGUGAGGAUGCAUAAAAGUAUCACCUGUUUAUCACAGGACUGCACUGUUGCAGGUUUUUUUUUUUUAAAUUCCAGAUACAAGAACUAACACACACACACAUACACACGGUGUAAAAUAGGGUAAUACUUCAGAGUUGUUGACGACAAAAUUUGAAUUGUAGAUUUUUGUUCCAAUAACUCCCUUGUAUAUAAUACGCAAAUAUGUAUGUUAAUGGUAGUAAUUUAUUUAACUUUGUCUCCUGAAUAUGACAGUCCUCAGAGCACCACUUAACUUUUAAAUUAGAAAUCCAAUAUGUGCCAUUGUUUAUCUGUGUUAACUUGACUAAUGAUAUAUAUUUUUUGGAAAACUUCAGAUGUGACUCAUAAAUAAACCCUAAAUUUUUAUUCUUUUUUUUUUUCUUCUUUAAAAUGAAACUUGCUCAGUACAGGUUCUCAUAAUUCGAGUCCUAGGAUGUCACAGGUUUCGUAACAUUUGAGCAAAUUAUAUCUGACAUCAAAAACAUAACAUUUUUAAUUAUUUAUUUUUCAUACUUUUUUAAAAUUUGAUUUAUUUCAUCUGAUCCAGGUUGUGUUGUCAAUCAUGCCGUAUAUUUUUUAGGAUUAAACCACUGUGGGGUUCAUGGCCUCCUGACA